AUGGCGAAGCCGGAGCAGCAGCCCACGACCAUACUUGACUUAAACAUGGAUUCUCUGGCUCAUUGCACCAAAUUCCUGAGCAUUCAAGACAUCACUAACAUGGCUAUCUCCUCCAAACUCAUGAAGAACGUUGCUUAUUCCGAUUACAUCUGGCAACCUAUCUACAGAGCACGAUGGCCUUCUCCAAUACCUUAUGAAUCUGGAGUCAGGAACUCGUACUUGGCCAGGCACACUUCCACGCAGCAAUUGAAAUUUCAAGAUCCUUUCAUCACUACUUUUGACUGUAAUUUAAAGCCUCAAGAUCACCUUACUUUGUUAGAAGAUGAUAUAAUGUUUUCUCAGGGACACAUGCUACGGAUAUUGAUGGGUUGUAAUUCUGGUGGAUAUGACUCUAGCUUCGUAUUUGUUGAUCAUCAUGCUAGAAUUACCUGUAUGAGGUUGUAUUCCCUGGGUAAUGCACCUGUCACCCCAAAAAGCUUGCAGAGUGGCAGUGCUGUCUUGGUAACUUUGAGCUGCGAUCAUAUAAUUCGUCUUUGGUCAAAGGGUUCUUGCCACCGUUGUUUCAGAGGACACAAUGGUGAAGUUACUACUCUUUCAGAUAAAAUUCUAGGUGAUGGCCUUUUUGCUAGUGGAGGUGUUGAUGGCACCGUUCGCCUUUGGUCUAUUAACUCUAAAGGAAAAAAAGGCAAACAUGUACAUAGGGGUACCCUGUAUGGGCACGAGAAACCAGUAAUUCAUAUGUCCGUGGCGGCGCACAAGUCAUCUCUCCUGGUAAGUAUGUCAAGGGAUUCCAAGGAAUCUGACACUGGAUCUUUAGCUAACUCAUUCACUUGCAGCCCAGAUUCUGAAUCUUCUUUCGGUUGCUCUGCAGUGGCGACAAAGGGUUCUAGAAUUGUUAUUGCUGGCUCUGCCGGAGAACGAGGUUCUCUAUGCUUUAUGGACUUCGAGAAUGCAUCUUCUCCAAUUUCAUUUCAAUCAAGUUUGCCAUAUUCUAAGUUUUGGGGUUCAGAAUCUGACAGUGACUGA